CCAACAGGCUGGCUGUUUGGAGCCGGAAGCGUCACCAUUGGCCCAAACAGCUGCCCAAUGCUCGAGUAGCUAUCGAGAGCCGGGUCGUGGUUCGCGGUGUUCCGGGUCGGUCAUCAGCCAACCACUGGGUAGACAUUGAAAUGCGGCCCAAUGACUUGACAACUCGUGUUGUUGGGGGCCCAAUACUCAGCCACCGGGUUCCUGAGGGAGAGGCUUGCUUUAGCGGGCGCUGGCCAUGCCCUGCGAGCCAUUGUCAAAUGAGCAUCCGCAGGAGCCCACCAUCUCAGCGCCGUCGUCGUGGGCUGGCUUGCAGUCCUUUUUUGCGGCGGCGGCGACGUCACAGCCGCGAGGCUGGUCGCAUCGUGGAAUAUUGCAGGCCGGGGUCGUUGGUACAUACAAGGAGCACCGCUUUUCUUCUUGCUUGUAGCAGGGCAGGGGUAGCGGGAGUUUUAUUUCUGACUUCCUAUGUGUUUGUUGAUAUCCAUUGAUCUAGUUUUCUCCCGAUGGAGGUAACUCAGCCAUCCGAAGGAGUUGCAGGCUAAUGAUACCGCGGAUAGCUGCUCAACACACCGCCUCUGACGACUUGG